UUGCCUCACCAAAGAACUGGCCGGACCUACUCCUACCUCUUCUCUGAGCCCAGCCGUAUGGGAGGCAUUGCCAGGCCCUACCCCAGCUGGAUGGGAGCCGACCACGCUGAUGACCUGCAGUACGUUUUCGGAAAGCCUUUCUCCUCACCACUGGGGUACUGGCCCCGCCACCGUCACGUCUCUGGCUACAUUAUCGCCUAUUGGACCAACUUCGCCAAAACUGGGGACCCCAACAAAGGAGGUCAGAGUGUGCCCACUCCUUGGCCUCAGUUCACCAGCACUGGACACCAGUACGUGGAGAUCCAUCAUGAUAUGAACAGAGCCUAUGUGAGACAGAAGAUGAGAACGCGUCAUGUGCAUUUCUGGGCCAGCGUCCUACCCAACCUUCCCAUUUCAGCCUCAGAAUAAACUCCUUGUGCAUCAGAUGUGCAGCUGCAGUGUGGACCUGUAAACCUGAAUUAUUAAAUACUCAUUUGUCCAUGUA